CAGUCAUUGAACUGCUUGCAGUCCAUUCAACACGUCAAGUCCAAAGGACCUAUGCGCUCGGUCCUCGGGGCAUUGUGAUGCCUGCGAGCAAUGGAUCGUUUUGAGAACAUUCCUCCUACACCCGCUGCGCUCAAAAGCGCUGAAGCGGCCGGUCAGCAAGAUGCGCUGCACACAAAUGCCCGUGAAUCAGAGGCAUCGGCGACAUCACACCAACCCUCGGCGAUAGAGACAGUGAAGCCUUCACAAGGAUAUGGAGAGCCUGCGGAGAAAAUCUCUCCGCUCGAUACCUCCGCGCACUUAUAUAGCAGGGGUUCCGUUACGUCUUAUCGUUCUGAUAGCCCUCCGACCGCCGGCCUUCGAGUUCAGACCGAUUUCCAUGCGCCGAUUGCAGGUUCAACAAAGAAUACGGCAAUUUCUGAUAAUUUGAGGAUUGAAAACAAAGGCUAUUUGAGCCCGACAAAGUUUCCUUCGCGCACGCCGAGCCUUCUAGCUCUCGCUGCACAGGGAGGAUUCGUCGAACCGGUUUCUCCAGCUUCAGUAGUCUCUUCUCCAUUGUUGAAUGCAAUGACCGAAAUGACACCUCUUCCUUCGCCGAUAGUCGGAGAAUCUCCCGGGCCAUGGAAGAGAAUGAUAUCAAGGACUGGAACCGGGAGCUCUGUUUCCUCUAUACCUCAGGAAAAUGCACCGCCCGGCCCCUUGUCGUCUCCACCCAAGACGCAACAGAAGAGGAAGCAUUAUUCCGGGUUAAAGCCAGCAGUAGCAGAGGCUAGAAGUGCCACUGUUGCGGCGGGGAUGCCCGAUUCUGCUACACAUGGAAAAAACCGAAGCAUCAGCGAAUACGUCCCGGAUAUUACUCUAGCUCCUCGCCCUCGAAACAUCACAAUGGCGGCUCCAGGCGCUGGUCCUUCUGCACCUGAAAUUGCAUCUCCUACAGAAAAGCCAUUACAACGUGAAGAACAUCUUGCAACGCAGCGUGGACUGGGAGUCGCUCAAGCACCUCCAACCCCCCCCGCCAGUAGUCAGAGCGGGGCCGGUAGCAGCGAUGGAGAAGUCACAUCUUCAGAAACCCGAUCAGGAACAGAAAGCCUAUCAUUGGAAGAGCCUGUUGAUGCAGAACGUUUCGAGGCGGUAACCGUACGUGGCGGUCAUAAGAGGAAGUGGCGAGCUCUGAAGUCUUUAGGGCAAGGAACUUUUAGCAAAGUCAUACUUGCCAUACGUAUGGACCAGGCCCGAUCAACCCAAAACCUUUCCCGUGAAGACGACAAAGCCUCGGAAAUAUCAAUUAUAGGCUCACGAAAACUGGUGGCUGUUAAAAUUAUAGGUCACGGCCCUGCUGGUGGAGCUGACGAGGCGAGGAUCGAGACGUCACUCCAGCGCGAGCUGGAGAUACUGAAAUCAAUUCAUCAUCCCUCGUUGAUUCACCUUCUGGCAUACAGAGUAACUGCAGAAAGGGCUAUAUUAGUUCUAAAUUACUGUCCCGGAGGUGAUCUAUUUGAUCUUGCAGCUCAAAAAAUAGAGUUGCUUGUCCCGCCUCUUAUCCGCCGGAUCUUUGCCGAGCUAGUUGCAGCUGUACGAUAUCUGCACUCUCAAUGGAUUGUUCACCGGGAUAUCAAACUUGAAAACGUGCUCUUGAACAUUGAUCUUGCUUUGUUGCAACCGAGCAAGGACUGGCAAACAUUUCCUGCGCCCGUCGUCACUUUGACUGACCUGGGUUUAUCAAGGCGCAUACCCAUGCCCCCUGAAUCGCCUUUACUGCAGACGCGUUGCGGAAGCGAAGAUUACGCCUCACCUGAGCUGAUGAUGGGACAACCAUAUGAUGGCCGUGCAUCUGAUGCGUGGGCGCUUGGUGUGCUCCUUUACACUCUUAUGGAGGGUCGUCUGCCAUUUGAUGCUCGACCGGGGCAGCACUCUCGAAGUCGCACGGCCCACCGUGUCGCCCGUGUUGAGUGGCAGUGGUAUCGAUAUGCGGACCACGACGGAGAGUGGGAUAGCACCAAAGGCUCUGAUCUUAGUGGAGCACGUCUUGCUGUUGAGGGCUUGUUAAGACGAGCAAGGACGCGGCUGAGUCUUGAUACUAUAGCAGAAAUGGAAUGGGUCCGAGCCGGUGUACAAGUCAAAGACGGGUUGCAGGUACGAGAUGACGAUGUUGACGACCAUAAUGAAACUUCUACGCGGUAACAGGUGCUCUGGCCAUUUUGACUCAAAUGCACGUCUGCUUGCACGGUACAGGGGAAAAGGCGUUCUAUUGCUAUCUUGUCGAGAUUGAUACCAUGAUCUCGACGCUUUGGGAAUUUACCAUACGGGAUCGAAGAGGUCGAGAGACGACCGGAUACAUCUAAUGUCAUAUAUACACAUCUUCGCUUGUUAGUCUUUUCAUCGUUAUUAUGGAAAUAUAAUUAGAACUCAAUCAGAA